CUUACUACCUCUGAAGGUAGUAUUGUGAACUACCUUCAGAGGUCAACUAAUGAAUAAACAGAGUCCAUUUGUUAGAGAACGAAACUUCAUCUUGGAUAAAAAAAAAAAAUAUCCCAAGCUUUUAAAAAUACACAGAUGUGUGAGGGUGUAGGUUCACCUCCUGACAGAAUAGAAAUAUUAAACAUAAAGCCGGAGCAGCAAAAGUUGGACUAGAAGCAUAAUUCAUAUGUUGGAAUGGCACAAGACUUGAAAUUUGCGUUUACACACACUUUCCAUCCAAUCUGAUUAAAGCUUGAGCUUUUCUGAAAGCAUAAAUUAGCAGGGAUUUUAGUGUGAAAAGAUGCCCCAAAACACCUGCAGCUGCAAAUGGCAAUAAUACAAAGUAUUGAUUCAAGGCAACCAAGUAUAAACUUUUCAGAUUUGCAUUUGGUAAAAAUAUUGAAAAUCAUGUGUACUUUUCUUUCAACUUCAUCUGCGAUGCUAUGUAUGACUACUGCAUGAUACAGCAUGGCUGUAACCUUUUCUCAUUUCUUUAAUUCCCUACAGAAACUGACUGUUGCAAUGCAGUGUCUAUUUUGUUAUUCUCACACCGGCUAGUGGUGUACACAAACAAAUCAGCAGCAUGUUCGCUGGCUCUCCUCCGAUGUGUCAUAGUGACAAAUCAAAGUGUGGACCCACAGUUAAGAAAAAGGCCCACUCCCCUGAAAGAACUUUACUGCCUCUGUUCUCUGAGAAAUGCUUCCCAACAUCCUCUGGGUCAAAGGACCUUUUCAGUUUUACAUCUUUCACUGAAGACCUUCCAUCUAACAAACCCGAGCCGUUGUGGAAACCACCUCAUCUCAUCGGUCAUGCUGGUUCACAGAGAGCCAUAGCGGAGGCAAAAUGGGCUGAAGGACUUCGACCAGUGACCCUUGCCUUAAGAGCUCACACCCCCACUAGAAUCGCUCAGCUGAAAGCAGAGAGUCUUGCAGGGUAUUAUGAAUCGAUAGAUGCGUCAGAGGGGAAGGGCAGAAGAAAAAUGAAAAGUGCAAAAGGAAGUAAACAAAUUGAAUACUCUAUGAGUGGCAUAGAGGUUUUUCAUUUGUUUGCAGAAAGGAAAGGCCUGGAGGAACUGUUUUACCUGAAGGAAGUGCAUGAGGAUACAUACAGGCCUUAUGAUCUGCAAGUGGUCCCGGCCACAGAUGCUGGAACGGACUACUACGUCUUCUGCCCUAAUUCUGUGGUUCACGUGACGACGACAGGAUUUGGUGGAGCUGUCAGUCUUGGAGAUUGGUACAGAGAGUACGUGCUAUGGAUGACUUUGCAGAGAAUCAGUUUUUUCAGAAACUUCAGAAUGAACAAAACUUUUUCCAGCUGGCAUAAGACGGUACGCAGGAUACAUUUUCGGCGCAAGUGCGACGAGCUUCAGGACCUGCUUCUUUUAGCUGUACCUCAGUUCAGAACUGCUCUACAUCUGUUAUCUGGAGUAAUUGAGGAGCUACAAGGAAUAAACUGGAUGCCUUUGGAUGAAUCUAAAAGCUUUUCAUUGCUAGAAUUCAAGAAAGUACUGAUGACGAAAAACAAUGAGUGUUUUCUGACUCUACAGAGGUUAUCCAAAUAUCAGGCUGCGCUUAUGAAUUCGGUAAAAGAUGAGUCUUAUGAAAAUCACAAGGCGCUCCAGAUUCAACUAAAACUUUCCAAAAAGAUCAAGAAUUCUUCUGAAGCCAUUUACCAGCUCUUGGCCCGCCGACAAAGCAUAAAGAAACAGCUGGCCGAGGCGGAAAGCAUUUUGAAGAAACUGGGAAACUUUGCGUUGCUGGUCCAUCACAUCAUCAUGCAGAAUCUUGCUACUGUCGUUCAGCAAGAUGCCAAUUCUUUUCUCAAAUUCUUUAAGAAAGUUUCAUCUCAGCGGCGCAGUGUCUUCUACACUGAAUUGCGUUUCAGUGCCAAUAGUCAGUUAAGCACUGACCCACCAAUCUCUGAGUUUCACAAAGCACUGACCAAUUCCUUCCUGAGGGCUGACACCAUUGUUCAGAUAUGUGACGAUUUAGGAUUCUUCCUGGAGACUAGCAGCAAAGACUGCGACUCGGAUCAGGAUUUAAUCUCUGAUGAAUAUUCUACUGCGACAGCUUCUUUGAUGGUGGAAGGCAAAAAGGUGAAUGACUGCUACUAUCCUCUUUCCAAAGCCCGACUAGAGUGGUACGUCAACAUCAAUGAUGUUACAAAGCAAGUUGAUACUGAGCAUGCCAAGAUCAUCAAGGACUCCGAACUAGAAAUGGAACAGCUCUAUGCGAAUUACUCAUGGUUGAAGAACAUCCAUUUGUUUGUCAGUCAAUGGAGUUCAGCCUUACUGGAAACCAUUAAGGAUCAGCCUGCGUCUGUGUAUGAGGAGCUCAUUAAGCAGCUGCACUGCUGGGCUCAGAGAGUCCAGACAGUGACCCCAUCAAGCCGCACAUCCAACAAUCUGAUCGUCAUCCAUUCUACCAGUACAAAGCAAACUCUAAUGGAGGUGCUUGGCGUCAUUAAGGAGGAAGUGCAAUGCUUGCUUGUUGACCAGAUGAAGAGGCAGUCAGAAACCCUCAUAGAGGAGUUGGAGAGGAUGACUGCUGAACUCAGAACAGAACCAGAUGAUGUGAAUGACUUCUCUCAAUUCGUCUUUACGGUCAGGGAGUUGGAGAAGAUGUUGGCUGACAUGCAGAGGCGUUUGGAAUACAUUCUCUCUCUCCGUGACACAAUUUGCAUGAUCUAUAGGAAGAUGACUGAGGAGGAACUGGCUUUGGAAGAGAAGGUGAUGAGGAUGUGGGAUAAUUUUAUUGCCCAUCUGAAACAGGCUGAUGCCCUUGUGUCCCAAAGCCUUCCCACUGUGACCAAUGCACUGGGCACAAUGUUUUCAUAUUUGUCAUAUGACCUUAGAAAUAUAGUCCUUAAGGCCACCUCUGGGCCUUUCCUUGACCCGAGCCAGAAUGCCAACGAGAUGGUGUGUAAACUAAAAUACAUGGGUACACGUGUGCAAACACUCAGGACCAAACUGGAGGAGCUUAGUAAUUGCAGUCAAACCAUGCAAGAGCAGCAACUGGAUCUAGCUAGUCUGGCAGUAGAUGUUAAGAAAAUCCUCGCCCGUGGAGAGCUGUGGCAACUUAAAGCUGAGUGCACUACGUGGAUGGAAGAGUGGAAUCUACUAAAACUCAGUGAUGUUUCAGUGCCACAAGCUAUGGAGAAAAUUAUCCUUUGGAAAAACCAAGCACUAUCUUUGACCAGUAUCAUCCCUGCUAAUGAUGCAGUGCUGGAAGAGACUUCAAGAAUCUUGAAAAAGCUAAGCCACCAGGCUGAGGUCUUGGCAAAUCUGAAGAAGUCCAUGCUUAAGGAGAAACACUGGAAAAUUCUUCUCCAAGACAUGGGCCUCCUUGAUGUUCAGGAGAACAACCUGACUGUCGGUACAUUCAUGUCUUUUUUUGACUCUGAAACCCACCAAACACUUUUAGAAAAGACAUGCAGGGACGCACAAAUAGAGAGAGACUUGGAGAAGGGUCUCCAAAUGCUUUGUUCACAAUGGAAACAGAGACUCUUUCAGCUACAUGAGUUGGUUCUCCCUACUUGCCGUCAUUGUCGGACUUCAAGAUGCUUCGAGGCAGAAGAGAUGUUCAUAGGAUCCAUCCGGUUAACUGUUAAAACCACCCAGCAAUGCUUCUGUAAUGGUACCAGAUUCUCCAUUGUUGGCCUAGAAACAUACUUUGCUGACAUACAGAAGGAUUUGAUAACACUUUCCACUAUGAUGAAGUCCCCACACAGUGUUGAGUUCAGGCUGCAGUUGAGAAAAUUGGCUGAGUCUCUAAAAUUUCUUGAUAAGCUGCUUGAUUUAUUUGAAAGAUUUCAGCAGAUUUGGGUCUUCCUGACAAAGACAUUAAUAGAAACAUCAAAUUGUGACCGAGUAGAUCUGCUGAAGCAUUUUCAACCAGUUGAUGAAGCUUUUAAAAAAAUAAUGCAAUCAAUCUCAACCGACCCUCACGUGUGGACAUUUCUGAGCUCUGAACAAAAUCGCAGAUAUUAUGGUGAAAGCUUUUGCAAGACCCUCAUGGAUGGUUUGUUUACAAUGGAAGAUAUUUCCAACCGGAUGGACAAACUUUUUCAGAACUUUCGUGAGCGGUUUCCAAGAUUGUACUUUUUGAGCAAGAGUGAGAUAAUGCAGCUACUCUCUUUUCACCCUUUGGUAUUGAAACAGCAAUUCUUUUUGCGCAAGUGCUUCAAAGGUGUACAUUCGCUUGAAGUGGACCUUAAAGGAUUGUCACAUGCAAGCAUUUUGGAGGACUCUGGGCCUUUAUCUGAAAAUCCCAAAGUUCUGGGUGUUUUUGGCAGCCUCCGGGAACACAUUGCUUUUCAGCCUCCUCUGGAAUCGAGCCGUGACAUCGUGUUUUGGCUAUGUGAAUUUGAAAAACACUUGAAAUUGUCAAUGGUAAAACUCAUAAAACAGUGCACAGUGCUGAGAAGACAGCUUGAGCCGGUCGGUCAAGAGAUAAUGUAUGUCAGUAAAGUGGCUGACUCUGAGUCGGGCAAUGCAGACGAGAUGAAAGAUGCACACCCAUUGUUAGAUUUGUUUCUGGAUUUUCCACUUCAAUGUCUGCUUGUGGUAGAGGAGGCAUUCUGCUACAGAUGUGUUCUCAAGGCUUUUCAGGAAGGAAGUCCAGAAGCGUUGAACGAGAUCAAGACAAAGAACAAUUUAAAACUGACAAUCCUUUGCAAUGUUAUCAGGAAUAGAGUCCUGGGCUCUGAAAAUAAAUCUUUGAUUUCCAAAUAUGCAAUGAUGUGUUUGCGGGCCUUGGUGCAACUUGCAAUGAAUCAUGGACAGCAGCUGUCUCGACUCAUAGACCUACCAGGGGUACCCGAGUCAUCUUUUGAGUGGCUAAGCAUGAUGAAGUAUCAUAUCAACACAGAAAAUGAGAGUCUGGAUUGCAGUGAUAAUCCAUCAUGUUAUGUGGAUAUUUUGGGUCACCAUUUCCAGUACGGCUUUGAGUAUUAUGGACCACAUGACUGGUUGUUGGUGCAUACUCCCACCACAGACAAGGCAACACUGGGGCUUGUUCUUGCUUUGAUGAGGUACAGGUCUGGAUUUAUGGGUGGACUUUCAAUGUCUGGGAGAACAAACACUGUAAUCCAGCUAGGAAAAGCUCUUGGACAGCUGGUUGUGGUUAAAGAGUGCUCUCCAAGCACAGCAUCUGGUGUUGUUCAACGAAUGUUGGUGGGUGCCAUUCAGGCAGGAGCUUGGCUUUUGUUGGAAUCUGUGGACUUACUAUCACAAGGUGUCCUGACAGUGCUACAACAACUUCUCAGUGACAUACACCACUGCUAUGUGGCUGUGCAGAAAAAAAGGAAUCAAAAGCUGACAAAAAAGUGUGAAACUGCACCCAGAAACACAGGUUGCAUUGAGAUGUUAGAUCCAGAAUACCAUUCUGAGCUUUUAGGGAAAAUACUGUUUUUCAACACAAGCUUUGGAUGUGUUCUUACCUCAUCUAAUCAAUAUGCAUCAAAGAUUCCAGAUUGCCUGCGAUUUGCUGCCAGGCCUGUUUCAUUAGCACACCCUGAUUACAGAAUUGUUGCUGAAGUGACUCUGGCUUCCAUUGGAUUCUUAGAUGCAUUGUCUUUAAGCCAUCGUCUGUUGUGCCUGAUCACCCUGAUUAAAGAUUCUGAAUGCCUCCCUGAUUUAUUCAAUGACAAUCAAAGCUGUUUUCUUGUUGUCUUGCAAAAGCUCAUCUCUGCCUCAGAAAUAUACUUACACCAUGCUGUAAGGCAGCGAGAAAUUUCCAUUCGGGAUCAAGUAAGUGAUGCUGAAGAGAGUGAUCCUUUGUCAGUGGAAAGAAAAGAAACUACAAAGCUUCCACAGCUACGCAAGGCUCUGUUGUGCACUCUACAGGCUUUGAUGGAGGAAACAGCGAUUGUCAAAGCUAUUCUUUCUGUUUUGACACCGGAGCACAGAAAAGCCUCCCAGUUCUACACUAUUCUCAAGGACACAUUCCCUUUAGCAGUUCAGUUUCCAGAUUUUCAAAAAUUUAUUCAAGAAAGAGAGAAAAAACAACUUCAAGAUGCAGUUGUUGAAGAGCUGCAAGAAGUUCACCUCUGUUGUGACAAGGAAAUAAUAAAGCAAACCCUUACUCUAUACCAGACCCUGAAGUUCUCUCAAACAGUCAUUCUUAUUGGCCCAUCGGGUAGUGGAAAAACUACUUGUUACAGUAUUCUGGCUGGGGCAUUAAGUAGACUGGCAAGCACAAGUAUAAACAGCAAAAGUACCUCAAAUGGAGAAGCACAGAUCAUUGCAUUGAAAUGGUACUAUGUUGACACUGUGGUCCUGUUUCCAAAUGCCAUGUCCCACAGUGAGCUAUUUGGAUGUUUCUGUGAAGAAAGAGGAUGGAAAGAUGGAGCUGUUGCAAAAGUUCUGAAAGAUUCAGAACGAUACGAUCGAACAUGCCUUGAAAUCUUUAUGGAUAACAUAGACAGCGAAGAGACAUCACUUGCAAAGUGGUUGGUAUUGGAUGGAGAGCCUAUAGGUCAGCCUUGCUGGUUAGAUUACUUAACCACACUGUGCAGUCCCCAGGAUCCACAUCUGUGUAUGUCAACAGGUGAAACAAUCUUAUCUCCAUCACAAUUCAGUCUGCUGCUGGAGAUGACCGACCUAUGUGAUGCAAGCCCUUCUGUUGUGACCCGGUGUGGCCUUGUUUAUUUCAAACACACUGAUCUGUGGAAGUCCAUAUGGAACAGUGAAAUGGAUGCUAUCUCAAAAGAGUAUAAACUGGAUGAAGGAGUACAGAAAAUGUGGAAACGACUGGCUCAAGACCUUUUCUCCAAAACGUUGAGUUUACUUGGACAACAUGGUUUAACUUCUGUCAAUAAUUUUGAAAGUGGAUCAUGUGAAAAUUAUGGCCUUCAAGAAAUCACAUCUUUUGUUAGGAUCCUGCGAGCUGUUCUUCUACAUUUUGUAAGGCACCCCCAAAAAGACAAAACAGAUGAAACCGAUGACCCAAACAGCAAUGCUCAAAAUGAGCAAGAGCUGCUCUUCAGAAACUUUUUCUUGGUGGCUUAUGUUUGGGCAUUUGGUGGACAUCUGCACUUUAGGCAUUGGCCAAAAUUUGACUUGUUAACCCGCAAGGUGCUGUUUGCUUCCAGGUACAAAAUUCAAGUGCCAGAGCUAGAAAGUUUAUUUGAACACUUUUUCAGUAAAGACAGUAAAAUGAAUCCAAAUGAUAUGUUGUCAACAAAUACCGUUACUCCAAAGUUUUGGACAUACUGGCAUCUGGUGGACACAAUGUUGGAGACAAACCAGCCAGUGUUGAUUGCAGGAGAGCCGGGUUCUGGGAGAACUACUCUGAGCAACAGCUUGUCAAGUUUUGACCUGCCACACAUUAACAUUGCAGCAAGUCCACUCCUGACCUACAAAGACCUGCGCCUCAUACUUAAAAAUAUCUGCAGACAGAAGUACGGAAAAGAUGUAUAUUCAACAGCAAAACCUCCAAGUCUCCUUUUGUUUGUAGAGGAUUUGCAUGAUGCUCCCUGUGAUGUCUCUGGGAGAGAAUCAACAGCCUUGGAGGCACUUCGUCAAUGUAUGUCAAAGGGAGAGAUUGUGACACUUGACUCCUACUUUCUUGAGACUGUGAAUUCUGAAACUGUCAGCUAUUUGACUACGUCUAAUAUCUCCAGACUGGGUGAUCGUGAUCGUGAGAGCAGUGGAAUAUCUUUGCGACUCUCAAGACUCUUCUCCAUCUUUGUGCUGCCUAGCCUUUCUGAAGAUGCUAUUUUGUCUUUCCAUUCUGCAUUUCUAAAAAGGUGGCUUAGAGAAAUGCCACUAGAUUGCUGUGUCGAGAAAAUGUCAACCUGUAUAGUCACUGCAACUAUAAGUCUUUACAAUGCUGUAUGUGAUCAUUUUCAUCCCACUGGAAAGAGGCCCUUCUUUAUAUUCUCUUACCAUGACAUUCAGAAGGUGUUUUCAGGGAUGUACUUGUGGCAGCAUGACAUUCUAAACACAAAAACCCAGAAAGACAGAAAAAUGCAUUCAGGUUUCCUGCCGUUUGCAUCAAGUACUUCAGUACCUAUUCUUAGCAUAAUACAUCUCUGGAUGCAUGAGUGCAUACGCACCUUCGGUGACAGGUUCUGCUCAGAGAAGGAAAUGAAUACUUUUCUGACACUUGUUGCCAAGACAACAUUAAUCCACUAUGGACGUGAGUUUAUGGAAGGAACCCAGAUGGACAUUUUGGAAGUUGAAGAUAUACAACAAUUACUUACAGUAGGUCAGAAUGUUGAUUCUACACAAUUUCAUCAGAGGAGGAGUAUAGGUGGACAGUCAGACCUUCAGAAUGGCCAGGCAGAAUCUAGAGCAUUUUCCACAGAGGAGACAAGCCUUGAAAGUUACACUGUUGGACCAGAGUUGUUGAAGCUCAUCGUAGAAGAAAUGACCAGGCUUGUGUGUGCUCCUGAGUUCUAUCCUGCAACAGAAUCUGUGAAGCAUCAGCCAAAGAUUAAACGCAGCUCGUAUCAGCAGCAUGACUUUGAUGUACUACAGCAAAAGCUGCAAGCGCUCAUUGAUAGAGAAGUCGAUGAUAUCUAUAGCAUAACAAACAGAUACAUUUUGCACACACAGGGAAUGAUGCAGCUACUACACAUACUCAGGGCUUUGCUUCUACCUGGAGGCCAUGGAGUGCUGAUCGGCUCAGACAGAAAAACGGGACGUAAAACUGCUGUACGUUUAGCUGCCUACAUCACAGGUUAUGAGUUAAUAGAGUUAGAUUCUAGCAAUGAGACUCAGUUCCAUGACAUCCUAAAAGAAGCAAAGCACAGAACCAAACUGAAUGACAUUAAUACCAUAAUACUGGUCCAUGAAAACGUCAGUCCGGCUGUGAGAGAAGAAAUACUGAUGCUUAUGGCACAGAAGGCCUCCCCAGUGGAUUACAAAGAAGAAAAACUGAGUACUCAUGUUUUCAGAGUGACCUCUCUGAAAUACUUAAGUCGAUACCGCAUGGAAAGUUGGAUAAAUGAAAAGUCUUUUGGUAAAGAUUACAAAAACAUCCACGUGUUCCUGUUGAUGUCUUUCGCAAAAGUCAAUGAUUUACCCGCAAACAAAGAAACACAGCUCUGGAGUACACAAUUGACCAAGGCCCUGAAGCUCAGCUGCUGUGUGGAAGUCUACCAGACAUGGUCCUGUCAGUCUUUGGCAGAACUAGCUAUUCAGAGCCUCAAAUUGUGUCCUUUAAAUACACCCACAGAGGUCUCAGAGGAUACCUUGUCUGUGGCUAUGGCAGGAAUCCACCAGUCUUCAUUUAAGCAUUCUUCUAUCUUUGAUAAAUCUCGUCCGUUGACCCCUACGACUUAUUUGGAGUUCAUCGCCUGCUUUGCCCACGUUUACAACAAACUGUACAGCAAAUGGCAAACCAAACAUGACAGAAUUACUAAUGCUCUGACACGCUUGGAUGCUGUGAAUAAAACAUCAGAACUGUGUAAACAACUUUUAACGCGACUGCAAGAACAGAUUGAUAACGCACAGAAGCUUGAGUCAGAGCUCAUGGAUAUUUUACAACGGUUGAGGGUUGAAUAUGAAGAAGCUGUGGAGAGACGCAUUGCUGGAGAGAAAAAACUGAAUCACAUGGAGAAGAUGAUUUCACAGUUUGAAAAUCUGAUACAAUCAAUAUUCCUGGCAGGCCUUGACAUUCUGAAUUGCUUGAAUCAAGCUGACCUGGAGGAGGUGCGUCACUACAGGGAUCCACCAGAGGGGGUGGUGAAGAUGAUGGACGCUAUGUGUUUGAUGUUUAACCGUCCGGCAGGCUGGGAGAGUGCCAAGCAUCUCCUCGGACAGACCAACAUUUUUGAGGACCUGCAGUUCUUUGACCGCUCCAGUAUGACCGGUGAGCAGCUGGCGCAGCUCAAAGAGAUAAUCGAGAGUCCUCUGUUUGAACCAGAGGCUGUGCGAGAAGUCAGCAGGGCCUGUGAGUCCCUGUGCCGAUGGAUCCGGGCCAUGUAUGAGUGCUGCCUUUUGCAACAUAACGUGUUGCUCAAGAGACAAUUGGAAGCUCAAGCCGGAAGUGCACGGCGUAUGCUGCACUUGUUGAAGAAGCGAGAGAGGGAGGCCGAUAACCGCUUAGAGAACUACGAGCAACAGCUUCGAAACAUUCGAAAUGAGCUGCAGGACCUCCAACGCCAGCUGUACAAAGCUGAGGACGAAGGAGAAGACUCUACCAGAUGUGCUGUGCGUGUGGCGAUGCUGUACCAAAACUGGAGGGCUUUAUUUCAGAAAUUGGAGUCGCGUCGUCAGAAGAUACCUGGUGAUGCUCUUAUUCUUUCGGCCACCAUCUCAUACUUAGGACCGUUUGGGGCUGCUGUACGGACAGAUCUAAAGGACAAGUGGAUGGAACUUUGCCGGACUCGACAUAUUGACAUAAACCCCAAGGACAUCAGAAGCUCCCUGUUUACCGACGGAGGCACAGAAACCAUUACUCCCCCUCCUGGGUUUCCCAUCCCCGUGACUGAGAAUCUGACGCUGCCUCUGGGUUGGCUUUUAGAAAUAAACGACUGGCAGCUUGAGGACACAUUCUCGACCAGACUCAGAGUGAAGCUGUUUCUAUGGGGCUACAACGAGGCCUGCAUUUUCCGCUGGCCUCUUCUGGCAGACUCUUACCAACACUUCCAACUGAGCUCUCAGAAGUGGUUCACAAGACGAAGGACUGCAACUCUUGAGAAGGAGUUAGAGUGUGAUAUGGUGCUGUGUGCUGAUGAUUCAGACCUCAUUGAGAAGCUGGAUCUCGCUGCUGAGAAAGGAUUGGCUGUACUUGUUACUAAUGUGGAACGUGCCAAACCUAGUCCCGAGUUUCUGGCAAAACUGGUGCCUCCAAAUCGAUUUUGGUUUUAUAGACGAGAGCAGCCUCCUCAACCCGUUCAUCCAGAUUUCCGCCUCUUCCUCAGCACGCCUCUGCCUGUCAGACUGCUUAAAAGGGAGAUCGAUCCGUCCAUCUUCGCUGAAGUGCUUGUGGUUGACCUUUCUCUGAGCUCAGAAGAAAUCCGGGAGCUGCUGCUGACACAGCUGCUGCAGUCUGAUUGCAAAGUGCUGCUGAUGCAACACAUGCGAUUCCAGAAUUACAAUUGGUUCCUGCAGGAGAAACUGGUCUCAGCAGAGGAAGGGCUGAUAGACUACAUUUUACAGAGUAAAUGUUUGCUGUUCAAAGAUUCAAAUUUUCUACCUCGUUUGGAUGUCUAUGAAGAAGAAAUGGAGACUUUGCACGAUGAGAAGAAUAAGUUAAGAGAAGAGCUGGACUACCAGGAGUCCCUGUUGGCCGACCCUCGUCUGUUAAUGAAUCUGGGCGCCGCCCUCUACCAGGCCGUCCAGUCCGUGUCCCGUCUUUCUCCCUCAUAUUACUUUUCCCUGCAAAAAUUCCGGAAAGUUAUGCAAGAGGCUUUCAAUGAAAAGAUCAGGGCAUUAACAUCAUUUCCAACUGGGAAAGUGGGAACGAUCAUGCUACCAGAGGUUAUGAACACGAUGGCGCACUACCUGCUGCUAAACUACAGACCACGUCUGUUCAGGAGACACUUUGCCGUUUUGAAACUGUUGGUGUCCCUGGAAAUACUCGAGCACAACCAGCUUUGCACUGAGGUAGAGAAGGUGAUCUUCCUCAGGGGUCUCAAAGACAUUGAACACAGUGAUGCUGAAGUAAAAUCCUUAGACCUACCCAGCUGGAUACCUUCAAAUGUUCACUCAGAGCUAAUCUUGUUGGAGAAGAUUCCCUGUUUCAACAAGCUAAUCGAUUCGCUCCGCAUCGCUCCCACACAGUGGCAGGAAUAUCUGUGCUUCACUUCUUCUACUAUAGUAGGGAACGUUCCGCGUUGCUCUCACUCUCACCUUUCGCUGCUGCAGAGGGCUAUCCUGUGGAAAACCAUCCGCACUGACUGCCUAAAGAAACUAGGGGACGCUAUGAAUGCCUGCUUGCUUUUACUGUCUUCCAAAAAAGCAGCAGCUCCAACCUUUGGGGACCCAGAUGUUCUCUCAGAAUAUCUGAGAAGAUUCAACUUACCCAUCAUCUUUACACUGCCAAGCACAGAAGGAGAUAUGAAGAUAAGCAUCGAUCCUCUUGAUUUCAUACGUCAGUUGGCCCACAAAGAUGGAAACAAAGAGGUAAGAGUAAUUACGUCCGGGGGACUGUAUGGUAAAGAAGAAAUCCUUUUAAUGUUGGACAAAGCCAGCAGUGAGGGCCAUUGGCUGGUCUUCAACAACUGUCACCUGUUGGAGAAGUGGGACGGCGAGGUGCUGGUGCGCCUCAGACAGCUGUUACCUUCCCUCGGAGAGGAGACAGCCGCGGUUCAUCCAUGCUUUCGGUUGUGGUUUGUAAAUAAAGAAAAUACAGCCAAAUUUCUACCAGUCAGAGUGAGAGUGGGGGCCCUACCGCUGUGCUUUGACUCCCCCUCGAAUCUGAAAGAGGAGCUGAGCGUUUCCUUCAGACAGGUUUUCUCAGUCAGUCAGCAUCAGUCGUGGCCACAUGUCGCAGAUGACAACAUGAAGGUGCUUCUCCGCUGUGCCAUCUUUCAUUCAGUUCUAAUGCAGAGGCAGACCUAUAAAUAUUUGAGCUUCGGAAGAACAUAUCACUGGUGUCAAGAUGACCUCAUUGCUUUAUUAGAUGCAUACAUUUCCUUCACCGGUCAGUGCCAUGACAAAUGGAACGCUUUACGCUACAUAGCAGCCGGUGUUGUUUACGGCGGCCACAUAAUAGACUCUGCAGAUUCAGAGCUGGUGGAGAGUGUCGCCAAGUGUUGCUUCACCGUAGAGCCGUCCCUUUCAGGCAACGGACCGGCCAUCCUUUCAGAAAUGAUCAAGGGCUGUUCUCAUUAUGAUUUGCCAAGCCUGCUUCAUGUUUUGGAUCGACGUUUUCUGGAUUUGGCCAUCAGCAACCUGGUGGUGCUCGGCUUCAGUGCCGAUGUGGCCCCUGAAGUUGACAAAAUCAAUAGCCACAAUCUGAACCUACUCCUUCAGGGGUCCCAAUCACCGUUAGGGACAGAGAGGAGCUUCAGCCCUACUCAGGAUCUGACUGUCAAUCUGCCAACGGACAUAGCAGAACAGAGACUCCAAGAUCUGAAGAAUUACCUCACACGCAAGAAAGACGGCAGAAUUAAAGAAGAGGCCGCCUUUUUUCGCAAUCCCGUCCGUGACUUCCUCCAGGCCGAAUGGGAUGAUCUCAUUGAUUUAGUGUCCUUGCACCUCUCACAGCUCCAGCAGUCUGAUCAGUACACUGCGUUCUCUGCCUCCCUGUUGAAGCUCACCGACUUGUCUCGGUUGGAGGAGAGGGCAAAGCUGCUCAGUGCUUACCUUGGCUACGACGGCGCCUCACAUCCACCAGAUGCUUAUCGACUGGCGGCUUUCAGAAAGCCCAGAGGCUUUCUGCUGGCGUUGAUGCGAGAGGCUGCCCUGGAAAAUUACAAAUACGUCAGCGAUAUAAUACUACAUUUUCAGGUUCUUCCUGAGGGCACGUUCCCCAUCUUGCUUUGUGCAGAUGCUGUGCGUUUGUGUGGCUUGCAGCUGAUAGGGGCGUCGUGGGACCCAGAGACGGGAGCCCUGCAGGAAGCCGUCUCCCCUCUGCCGUGUGCAAUGCCGUUUCUCAGUGUCAAGGCUCAAGUCAGGAACAGAAGAACUGCAAUAGAUACCUUGUCUUGUAAAAGUUCAUUUUUAACAGAUGUCGGCAAUCUUCAAGCCACGCCGACUGCCUCGCAUUUACCAGUCUACUACUGUCCCAUCUAUCUGAGCGAGGAUGGGGAGAGUGGGACCUGGGAACUGAGCGAUGUUAACAUAAUCACUAAAGUUCCUCUUUGUGCCAAGCUUAAUCCUGCUUUGUGCAGUUUGAGAAGGGUGAGAUUAGUGAGUACACUCUGACUCCUUUGAGCCGCUGUGACUUCUGUCCCAGAGUGAGGUCGCCUAACGCCUUCUUUAUCGUGAUGGGAUUCAUCCUUUUAACUUAAUGUGAAGUGUCAAAAUUCACGGUUAUGUAUUUUCCUUCAACUUUGUAACGUUUUAAAAGGAGGGUUUAAUUAAAAAUUUGUGUUAAAA